AAUGGGAUCUAGGCCAAAUAAAAAAAUGCUCCGGCCCUCCGAGGUCCGAGGUCAGCCCCCGAGCUAGGUUAGAUUAUCAUGUUAGACAUUAUCCAAAACGGAUUUUCAUCCGUCAUUUAUCCAAGCUCUGCGAACUGUCUUCAACUCUGUGAAGGUGUACCACUCAGUUUCCGGAUGCGAAAAAUGUGAUGAGGAGAAUGAAACCUCGAAGCACAUCGGUUUGUCAAAAUUGCCGGGAUCGUAAGAUCGGGUGUGACGGGAAAGUCCCAGCUUGCACGCAGUGCCGCCAGUUCCGGCAAGCAUGCCCGGGUUAUCCGCGAAAGAUCAUAUUCGUGCACCAAGCCCCGGGCGAUCCUAGCCGCAACAGUAACAACCUCUCGCCGCCAAAGCGUCCACAGAAUCAAAGCCUGGCACGAGGGCGGACUAACAAUGAGACGGGGAAUCUAAUACUGAAUCUCACGAGUUUCAGAUUGUCAACAGCAGAGGAGCUACUGGCAGUAGCCAUUGACCAUUUCAUUCCUGGGUCCAAGUUGCCGGUACGUAUCUCGGAGCUAUAUUCGUCACAAUCACUGGUCUGCGCUUCCUGGUUAGGCGUGCUCCCCAAUUUGAUCGACGAAGAACAAUCCGGAUCUCUUAUUAUACAGGCUACUAGAACUCUGGGGCUUUCAAUUAUCUGCAGAUGCCAGAGAGGGGAGACCAAACGUCUCCACAAUCACCAGCGUCUCCAAUCCUACUGCUCUGCUAUCUACCAACUCCGAAGCCAACUGCUCCUGCACAAGGAGGACGUUCACAAGCAGACUGUCGCAGCUGUCAUGUCGUUGACGCUUGCAGAGUUGAUGAUGCCAACCUCCCAGAAAGGCUGGAGCUUUCACGUAAGGGCAGUGGCUCAAUUAGUACAAAGGCUUGGCCCGGAACAGUUCAUUGUUUCGACUGCUCACCGGCUGUUUGUAGGCUUCCGCCCCUUGAUUCUGAUCGAAGCUAUUCUCUCACGCAGCCCUACCUUUUUGACGUUACAGCAAUGGCAAAGUGUCCCAUUUCAGAAGUACUCCCCUUCUCCAAUGCAACGGCUUCUAGGCUAUGCUGCCGUUCUUCCCUCACUGCUGCAUCGAGCCGAUGGUGCCAAACUCAUUCCUGCACAGCAAGGCUUUGCUGAAAAACGGGCCAUCACACUGGCACUCAGUCAAUUACUCGACGUGCUUCGACAAUGGGUCCUGUCGUAUCAAAACUUAUUUCCAGGACCUUUGUACUGGACUCAGCCAAAGGACCUAAAGCCGGACUACAUCUCCGUAUUACCAUUCUGCUUCCCCAACGCCCUUGCAGCUACGGCUCUCAUUCAUUGUUGGACAUUUCAGAUUAUAUGUCUCACACAGCUUUAUGAACUAGGGAUACUAGGCAGAAGUCAUCAACCCUGCGGAGACUUCAAUGACGAUUUCGCCCUUCGGAUACUCGAGGAGUGCGUGGAUUUGUCUGUCAAGGUAUGCCAAAGCAUGAGCUAUUUUCUAGAGGACAACAUGAAGAUAUACGGCCCUGCUGCAGCUAUGUUUUCGUUUCGGGUUGCGCACAGAACCUUGCUUUUGUUUGCACAGCCGCAAUCUGACCAUAUUGAAACGUGCAAAGCCAUAAUCUCUUGCUUCUUACAAAAAGGGUUUGAUGUCAAAGAACCUGCUUGAGAUGUAUCUUUCGCUCUAGAGCAGCCGCAAGCCCACUUUCAGGGAGAUCAAUGAAAGCUGGAUCUCAACACCCCAUCAGCAAAGAACCGUGAUGGGCGCCGUGACUGGAUGUCAAGUGGCCUGUAUGCAGAGGGCAGCUCCCUUGAUCAAAUAUGUUUCUGUAUUGCGCCCCACUCCAAUACCCCAUAUCAGACCUUUAGAUUGAAUCAGUAAGGCCAGCACUUGACAUAUGUCUGCUGAAGCAACCAGGACUGGCCGCUUGUCAACCCGGCUUAAGAGAAAAGAGCAAUUAGACAAGUCUGACCCUG